CAGGUGGCGGGGUCUGGCCCUGGUCCCCCGAGCGCCGCAGGCGCUGACUCUGGUGGGGAUGGGGCGGGCGGGCCGGGGGAGGGGUCAGGCCGUCUCUCCUCCCCUCUAGGGGCGGCGACCGUCGGGCCCGCCGUGUAGAGCGGCCGCCGGGAGAGCCGCGACCGCCCCCGCGGCGGGCUCGUCCCCUCGCAUCCUCCGGGCCGCGGGCAGGAAGAGGCGGCGGCGGCCGCAGGGCAGAGCCGGCCGGCCCCGUUGGGAAUAUGGCGACCGGUGGCUACCGGGCGGGCAGCGGCGGCGGCGGCAGCACCACCGACUUCCUGGAGGAGUGGAAGGCCAAGCGCGAGAAGAUGCGCGCCAAGCAGAACCCCGCGGGCGCGGCCGCCCCGGGCGGCGGCGGCGGCGGCGGCGACGCGGCCGGGAAGCCCCCGGCUGGGGCUCUGGGUACCUCGGCGGCCGCCGCGGCCAACGAGCUCAACAACAACCUCGCGGGCGGCGCGGCCGCACCUGCCGGCUCCGGGCCCGGGGGCGUGAACUGCGCCGGCGGCCCCGCGGCGCUGACCCGGGUGGGCCCCGGCCCGCGGCGCCCCGAGGACGAGCCCCCCUCCGCUGCCGCCGCCGCCGCCGCGGGGGCCCCGCCGGCCCGGGGCGAUCCGGAGGAGCGGGACGGCGCCCCGGACAAGGGCAAGAGCUCGGGCCCCAGCGCCAGGAAAGGCAAGGGGCAGAUCGAGAAGAGGAAGCUGCGGGAGAAGCGGCGCUCCACCGGCGUGGUCAACAUCCCCGCCGCAGAGGAAUGCACAGCGUCCCUGCCGAAGGUUUUCACGUGGCGAUUGAUGAAAAGAUUUGCUGCAGAAUAUGCAUUCUUUCUAAAUACAUCUCAGGAACAGUGCUUAGAUGAAUAUGAAGAUGACGAAGCAGGGCAGAAAGAGCGGAAACGAGAAGAUGCAAUUACACAACAGAACACGAUGCAGAAUGAAGCUGUCAGCUUACUAGAGCCAGGCAGUUCCUAUUUGCUACAGGAGCCAUCUAGAACAGUUUCAGGCAGAUACAAAAGCACAACCACUGCCUCUGAAGAAGAUGUCUCAAGUAGAUAUCCCCGAACAGACAGAAGUGGGUUCAGCAGAUAUAACAGGGAUGCAAAUGCUUCAGGUAAUUUGCUCUCAAGUAGCACAUUGGAAAAGAAAAUUGAAGAUCUUGAAAAGGAAGUAGUAAGAGAAAGGCAAGAAAACUUAAGACUUGUGAGACUAAUGCAAGAUAAAGAGGAAAUGAUCGGAAAACUCAAAGAAGAAAUUGAUUUGUUAAAUAGAGACCUAGAUGACAUAGAAGAUGAAAAUGAACAACUAAAGCAGGAGAAUAAAACUCUUUUGAAAGUCGUUGGGCAGCUGACAAGGUAGAAGAUUCAAGCCUCAGUGUGGAAAAAAGAUUUUAAAACUACUGAUUGAAUGUUAUGGUUAAUGCUAGGACAAUAUUCCUCUGCUGCAAUACAUUAACUAAAUAUGUAUAUUUAUUUCUUGAAAACAAUGGAUGUUUGUUUUCAAAAUAUUUCUUUGUUCAUUAUUAGUUUCAAAAUAUCAACCUUUUAUUUCACGAAUAAGUAACAUCCUUCAGUUAUUAAAAUGAUAGGUUAUGCCUCUUUUUGGUUUUGUGUGGUAUUCAAAUAAUAUAUGGUUUAAAGUCACAACCAUUUGAGUAUAUUUUAUCUAUGGUAGUGCAUUUUCUCCCUAAAGUGAUAUACAUAGUCUUUGUUUACAUGAAUUUAAAUACUUUUGGGGAGUUACCUGCAAAUGCCUUAUUACUGAUGUGUGCAACCUUUUAUAUGUUGAUGAUUGACUCAUAAAGGUCUUUGUCUACUGUCAUUUCUUCUUUCAACUUAUUCUAAGCAAUUUAAAGUAAUAUAGAGUCACACUAUUUUAUAUAACAGUCAUCUUUAAAAAGGAAAACUAUUAUAAAAAGUCACUUAAUAUCAUGUAUUAGUUGGCUAAAUAUAAAAUUUAAGAGAAUACUUGAAUUGUGCUAUGGUAAACUAAAAUGUACUAUUUUGUAUUUGAAUAUUGAAAAAAAUUUAAAAUCGUUUUAACUUCUGAAAAACAUACAAUUGUAAUUUUAAUGUAAAAUUUCUUUUGUAGGUACUACCUUUUUUAUUAUUCCAAGGUUUUUAAGUGAACGUGGGAUAUUUAAAAAGUGUUUAUUCAUCAAGCCUGGAGAGUGUGUACAAUUUCAGUGUAUAAGAAAAAAAAUCCAUAUUUUUAAUUAUCCAUAUGCGUUAAAAUCAAAACCAAAAUAUUUAUCCACACUUAAAACAUUUAUACUUAACAUUAACGAAACAGUACAUAAACAGAAAUAGUACUGAAAUACUUUAAUUUCUAACUUUGAGAAUAACACUGUGACACAAUUGUUCUGAUGUGACAGAAUUAUUCCCCUACCUCAAAUUUAAGGGAUUUUUCCUAACCUUGGAUUUUUUAAAACAGAAUUAUUUUGAAGACUUAUACAAAUACUCUCUUCUAUUAAAUAUCAUUAGUGUUUAGAAUUGUUUUGUAUUACAUUUUCACGUUGAGUAAGGAAACCCUUCCUUUAAAACACAUUUAGAAAUGUCUGCAUGAGAGUUGAGCCUCAGACAGUAUAGUGAUACCCUUCUAUCCAGUUAAUGUACAUAAGUGACUUAAACAUGGUAAAAUCCAUUUGGGGUACCCUACUGACUCUCUCUCCUUCACUUGCCAAGCCCCUUCAUUAUUCACUAUUAGAAAAAUAGGGAAGGAGCAACAAUUGGAAAAAACGUAGAGUAAAUGAUAGAUAUCAGAUGUUGAGUUCUAAAACUUGCUGCAUUUGCCUGGAUUGGUUCCCCCACCUCCCACUUCAGAAGUUUCAACUUUGGCCCAUCAUCAAAAUCACAUGGGUUGCUUAAAAAGAAUUCCAACGCUGUAGCUUCUAGAUAAGUUUGAGACCCUAGACAGAAUUUUUAAAGCUCAUUAUCAGAUGAUUCUGAUCACAAUUUAGGUGUAGAAACAGCUGCCAUUGUCUCUUUCCCCCUAUAUCUUCCAUUGGAGACCCUGGAAUUAACAUAAUUUUAGCUACCAGUAUUUUUCUCCUUUUAAAAGGUUUAUUAAUAAACUGAUCUCCUGGGAAUUUUUCAUAUGUCCAGAUGUAGUUUUACCAAAAAAUUCAGUGUGAGACUACCAGACUUGAUAUAGUUGCAGAAUUACUACAUAAAGGCAUCGUUUUUGGAGAUUAUUACCCAGCAUGGCAGCACUGAUGUGCUGCCCACAUGUCUAAUGGUAUGCCAGGCCCAGUCACCACCUCUGCCUGUGAGGUACUCAGCUCCCUUUAGUUACCUUCAGGUAUGUGACAGAAAUCAUCGGUAUUGCCUAGUUCCCCAUCCACACUUCGGAUGUUGUGAAAAUGCUGUCAGUAUCCAGCCUUAAAAUAUAUUAGUAUAUUGGCUUUUCAGUAAAAGUAGUAUUUUGAAUUUUCUGUUUAAUCCGUAUAUAAGUGAAGGAAUAUUUCAUUUCUUCUUUUAAAAUUAUACCAAUUAAUGCUUUUAAAGACUGAAUCGUUUUUAAAAUUUUAUUUUUCUUCAGUUUAUUGGGAACAUUUCCAAUAAUGAUCUUUUACAUAAUGGUGCCUCGUGCAGAUACAGCAGCCUGACAACUUAAGCAAAGCAACUCACGUGCACUCCUUCUCCCGUCCUUCAAGUGUAUAUUUAGAUUUUUACAUUGACGGUGUAGGAUCUGCUACAGUUUCCCUUUAAAAUUUAUAAAGAACAUUGAGGUUUUAGAAAGGUAACUUAAAUACAUGUGCACUACCUUAAAAACUUGGCUAUUGUCAAUAAAGUGCUAGUAUUUGUGAAUUAUUAGUCCGAUUUGAAAUAAUGCUUCUUAUAUCUUCUCGGAAUUUGUGGCAUAAUAAAGCAUAUCCGAAGUUCUAAUGCGUUUAUGAUAUUAUUUUCAAAACAGUAAGUUUCUUAUCUUUAAAAGGAACAUGACUUGCUGCCCUGGUUUCUGACACGCAUUAAAUACUUGAGAAUUACUGAAGUAAUGUUUCAUUUUUCUAGAAUUGUUAUUCAUUUUGUUGCACUACAGUUACCUUUAGACAAGAAGAGGAAGGCGUUAGGGUGUAUAUUUCUAGAGAAUUUACUAAAUAUAGUAGAUUAGCAUUGUCAUGCCUGUUCAAGUAGUUUAAAACAGAAAAUUAAGUAUCAGUGGAAGAUACAUGAAGCAAUGUAUUUUUUUUAAUAACUUUUUAAUUGUGGUAGAAGCAAUGUAUUCUUAAGGUGAAAAAUCUACCUCAAAUACAUGUGGUUUGUGUUUUCUGGGUUAACUUGGAUUUUUAUAAUUAGAAACUAAAAUGCAAGAUUUUGAGUCCACUAAUACUUUGUUGAAAAUAAUGCAAGUUAAUAAUAAUUAUAGACACAUCCAUAUGUUCAACACCGUAAGACAAAAUAGGAAAGACCUUGGGUUUUACAAUUGAUCUGAUGUUCUAGACAAUGUUCAUAUGUACAGUGAUAGUCCUCUUUCGUCUUUUUUGUAGUUCUUUGAUCUUGUGUUCAGUGCCUAGUAAGUUCCAUGCAAUGUUGGCACCUUUUAAUAACUAUUCAUGAUAACCUGUUACAAGAUUCAGUUAUAUAUUUUCAUUUCAUAAUAAUAUAAGAAACCAAACACACCAGCUUUUCAUUGGGGGCAAUAUAUGAAGUGAGAAAAGCUAGCAUUCAGGAAUCAGAACUUUAAAAUAACAUGUUAAAGUCAGUGCUAAACAUUAUCUUAUUGUAUCUGAACCAUUCCUAAUAUGUAACAGUGAACUUGACUUCUUUUGCAUUGCAACUAUGCUCUCAAAAAUAAAGGACAUCCCAUUGAUUAGGAUGGUACGUUACUUAUCUGAGAACUAGUGACCCUUUUGUUCCAUUAAACGGAAAGCAUAAUACUAAUAGACAAGGGACAUUUUCUCAUCAGGUGCAUCAACAAGGGCCCUUCUCCCCAUGCUAAGUUUCUACUUGAUGUAUGGAAGUUGGUUGUUUCAUUCUCAUGAAGACUUGAACCAUUACCCAAGAAAACCUGAGCCCAGACUGUUUUUUAAUUGUACUUAGCUAGAACUUCAUAGCGUGUUAAAGUCACAUCCCUGUCCCCCCACAAAAUAAUCACGUGUAUGUGAGAGGAAUAUGGAUGAGGAGGUUACAUUAAAUUUUCAUACCUGUUCUUUCAGCAGGUAUUUAUUAGUCAGCUGGGUAUACAAUUAGAGAUACUACAGAAGUUUUAAAAAAAAUGGGCAUGGACCAACCCUUCCAUCUAGCAGUGUACAGGCUGUGUAGUGUGUGUCAGUAGCUCAAAGUGCAAUCUUAACUAGCAUUAGCUGGUCUAAUCUGAAUAGUUUAUUCAAAAGUAUUUUUUUGUGUUAAUCUCCAGCUAUUGUCUCUUAGAUCUAGAUGAUAGGUACUGUUUCAUUUGCUGCAGCAGUUACUGAAUGUGGAGUUGAAAGACCUGAUGCAUAUUGGGAAGUAUCUUACUGUAUUUGUUUUAGAUAAUCAUGUGUUACGAAAAGAAUAUUUUUAAGAAAUUUGUAGCAGUAAUGAAGUAAAAAGAAUUCAUUGUAUGUCAGAUACACCAAGCUGUUGAUGGAAUUCACAUGUGAUUUAAGUUAGUUUUUCUGUACACAUUAUUGAUUACUGGUUUGUUCGAGUCCACUGAACAGCUCGUGUGUUGGCAGCCACUGUGGUAAUCAUGGAAUGUUAGUGCUGAUCACUUGGUGGACAUUUUUUUCCUGCCUGUUUUGUUUCCCCCUCAAGUAACUAGUAGGUGUAUAUUACUUUUUUUGGUGAACUUGUUUCUUAAAAGAUUUGCCUGUGCUAUUCAGGUUUUUUAUUAUUAUGUUUUUCUUCUAAAUUUAAGUGUCAGAUGGCUGCUGCUCCCAGCAAAGACUAUAUGAAAGCUAAAAUCUACUGCUUUGUUGAAAAAUCAGCUAAUUCAGGUAAUCUAACUAUUUGUAGGAAAACAGCUGGAUAAUUUUUAAUCACAUUAGCAUCAUGUAGGCAGCUUUCAUAAUCAUUGCAUAGGUUUUCAUUGUUGGAGUAGUCAACUUGAUAGUGAUUUACUUUUACUAUGCUUUGCAUGUAAAAUACUCAAUAAAAAAAGUAAAUUUUCAUUUAUUUUUUAGCCCUGUUAAUUAUUUUUUCCUUCCUGUACUAGCAGUAAAACUCUGACCAUGAGUUUUACUUUUGAAUUAAAGGAUAAUGCCAAUAUUUUAA